AUGUCCCACAGUCGUGACAGCGCUUCUUCCACGGACAAAUUGAUCAGUUUGGAAGAGCUCUUGUCCUCGUGUAUCGACGCUAGCAUUCAGGGCUGUGAUGUCAUUCGAAAAUACAAACAAUCCAAUGCCACACUCACCGGAGAACUCAAGGAGGCUGGAGAGAUCAAGUCGGUAGUGACACAAGCCGAUAUCGAUGCCCAAAAUGUCAUUGUGAAUGGACUGCGACAGUUGUGGGGUGACCAGUUGCAUAUUGUGGGAGAGGAAGACGACAAUGAAGAUCCGGCAUCUUCUAUUUUGUCGUCGCUGGAACCCUUACGCACCAAUUUACUAGCAGCAGACUUGUCCAGCAAAACGCUUGUACCCAUCCAAGAAGUGACGCUCUUUGUCGAUCCACUGGAUGGGACCCGAGAAUUUGUCGAGGGAAGAGUGCAAAAUGUGGCUUGCUUGAUUGGAGUCGCCCGCCAUGGAAAAUCCAUCAUGGGAGCUGUGGGGUUGCCGUUCCCCACCGGCAUUUCUUCCCCCAACGCAAAAACUCUGUAUGCCAUCCACAUGGAUGAUGAUAUUGCAGAAAUUAGUCAUCAGGGUACCUAUCCAUCGACAACGACAAGCUCGACUGCUGGCAAAACUGGUGAUGACCUGGGAAUCACAGUCUUUACAGGCGACUCCAAUGAUCCAGUGCUCCUAAAUGCAACACAGUUGGCAUUGAAAUUGGCUGCCUCUCUUGAUGAGAAUAAGAAAGAACCAAUCCACGCCCUGUUGGGAGGAACGGCAUCCAAACUUGUGGCUGUAGCACAACAAGAACGGAGUAUUGCAGUGCUUCAUUUCAAAACGUGCUACUGGGAUACUUGUUCCCCUCAGGCAGUGCUAAAUGCCAUGGGCGGCAAAAUCACCGACAUGUUUGGUUCUCCCCUUGUACACAAAGACGACAAACGAUAUGACUACGGGAAUCGAUGGGGUGUCGUUGCGUCUGCCAGCGGCAUGGAGGCUGUCCACGAUGCUCUCUGCGCACGUAUGAGGGCGGAUUUCGAAUCGGUACAGAAAAUUCUAGAGCCUUGCUUUGGAACGAUUCCCGGAACUACUGGGGCUCAAGCGAUCGAUAUCAGUCGCGACAUUGACGGCCACCCGUUGACUCGAACUUGGUUGGAAGAGCACAUAUUGCAGCAUCAGGAGGAGGGAAAUAAGAAAUGGACGUUGAAAGGCUUUGCAGUUCCCGAAUCAGAUGCUGUGCGGGGGCUCAUGUCCAAUGGAGCUCGCCUUGUCCUGGAUUGGGCGUCUACAGAUGAUGCUGGCAGCAGCAACUGUAAAUCGCCGCCCUCUACCGUUUUUUACAAGAGGGUUGUCAUGAGCGAUUUGGCUCAUGCCAGGGCAAAGCUUGCCUCGGCCCCGCACAAGGUGACAAGAGACGUACAUUCCUACCAAGUGGAAACAAACUUUCUCGACAGCAGGGCAUGUCAGGAAGGGCUCAUCCAUGAAGCCGGAGUCCAUGUUUGCGACUGCUAUGGAUCCUCCAAAGAGAUUCCACCAAAUGCAACAAGCCCACGACAACAGUUGGAAAGCAGGUUCAGCAUGACGUUGGAAGAUUUCAACGAAAAGGACGGAUGGUAUCAUGAAUGGCUUCUGGAAGAAAAGUCGUGCCGGGCCGUACUGAAAGCACUUGCCAAUAUGCAUGCCUACUUCUGGACUGGAUCAAAUUUUUGGAAGAAGGAAGGUGGCAAGGUUGGGCAGGAACUGGAGGAAGUAGUUUGGCCCAAUGGAGGCUACAUGCAACCUGCUUUGCAAGGAUACGGGCAACUCGAGAAAGUGGCGGUUGGAUGGACCAACAGGCUACCAACCUUCAAAGACGAUCUGAGUGCAGUUGCUGAAUUGGAAGGAGUGGAUUUGGAGCAUCUCGGAGCCCGAGUGGAAAAACUUGCAAAGAUCGUGGGGACGAGGGCGCAUCCUUUUGCCGAACUGGCAAAGAAAGACACGGCCGACCUUCAGAAGUAUCGAACCAUGAUUCACGGGGAUCCAAAGCAAGCGAACCUCUUCUUUCGGAAGGGAGCCGAAGAAGAGCUCCAGGUCGGAUUCAUAGACUUUCAAUGGUGCGGAUUUGGCCUGGCUGCAACUGACGUAGCUCAUUUCAUCUCUGCGGCCCUGCAACCGCACUGUGUCUCGCACGACGGGCAGAAAGAAAAGGAGCUCCUGGAUCACUAUCACGCUUCCUUGGCUGAUGCUUUUGUCAAGUACGGCGUCGCGAGCACAGUUGAAGAUGUGGAGACAAUCUUCCCAAGGAAACUACUCCAAGAGCAGUACGAAGUAGCUUUCUUGGAUGUGUGCAGGAUGGUCUUUGCCUACGCAUGGGCACGUUGGAAACCAGAGUCGGAGCCUACGGCUGCGUCUUUCAACAGAAACGCCUACAACAAAUCCCUGAAAUCUGUCCUGUGGCUAAUCACUCGAUGCUCAGCUAUCCUUGACGCGAAGGAGAAAGAUUUACUAGCAUAA